GCAGAGACAGGCAUAACAAGGGACUUUAGAAUAGUUCUCUAAAUUGUACCAUGUAAAUGUAUACUCUUACCAAAAUUCACCUCUUGAUCUCAGAGAUGAGCAUUUAUAUAAGGGUCACAUGGGGAGGGGAGAGAGAAUCCUUUUUGAAAUUCAGUUGCAGAAUACCAAGUUAUUCUGUUACUGCUUAGGCUGUUACAGUGUGACCUUGAAUAUUGGAUAUGUGGAGUAAAUAAUAGGUGAGUCAGGUGCUGAACAGUCGCUAGAGCCGGCAAGAGCUGACUUUUUUUUAACAAAGGGUCUUUCCUGGAUCUUACAAAGGUAUAAUGAAAAGUGACUUAUUCUUCUACUAAAAUAGACACGGAUUCUGUCUCAGUAACUUAACCUCUCUGCACAGAGAGCUUUUAUAUGAUGCUUUAGCUUUGUCUGGCAGCUUGAGGAUCAGGAUCACGUGUGUACCAUUGUGAAGAUUACAUCAGAUAUGACCAUGGGCAUCUUAGAAGCCAGAAGGAAGGGCAUGAUGUCAGAAUAACACACACAUCAUUUGUGAGGGCAAGUCCAGAAAACCAUGCAGUCAUCGGGGCACAGAUUCCGGGACAUUGAGCACCAUCCCCUCCUUGCUGAAAAUGACAGCUAUGAUUCUUCUUCAUCGGAAGCCGAUAUGGCAGACAGGGUUUGGUUCAUCCGUGAUGGCUGUGGCAUGGUCUGUGCUGUGAUGACGUGGUUUCUGGUUGUCUAUGCAGACUUUGUAGUGACUUUUGUCAUGUUGCUGCCUUCCAAAGACUUUUGGUACUCUGUGAUCAAUGGUGUUCUUUUUAACUGUUUGGCAGUGCUAGCUCUGUCGUCUCAUCUGAGAACUAUGCUAACUGAUCCUGGGGCUGUACCAAAAGGAAAUGCCACUAAAGAAUACAUGGAGAGUUUGCAGCUGAAACCAGGGGAAGUGAUCUACAAAUGUCCAAAAUGCUGUAGUAUCAAACCAGAACGUGCACAUCAUUGCAGUAUUUGCAAGCGAUGUAUUCGAAAGAUGGAUCAUCACUGCCCAUGGGUGAAUAAUUGUGUAGGAGAGAAAAACCAGAGGUUUUUCGUGCUGUUUACGAUGUAUAUAGCCCUAAUUUCAGCUCAUGCACUCAUUCUGUGUGGGUUUCAGUUUUUCUCUUGUGUCCGAGGACAGUGGACUGAAUGCAGUGACUUCUCCCCGCCUGUAACUGUGAUCCUGAUGGUCUUUUUGUGCCUUGAGGGUUUUCUGUUUCUCACUUUCACUGCUGUUAUGUUUGGCACCCAAAUCCACUCAAUAUGCAAUGAUGAAACGGAGAUUGAGAGGCUUAAAAGUGAAAAGCCAACAUGGGAGAGGAGGCUACGCUGGGAAGGGAUGAAAUCUGUCUUUGGGGGCCAACCUUCACUCCUGUGGAUCAAUCCUUUUGCAGGAUUUCGAAUCAGGCAACUUUUGCUGAGAGCAAAGAAAGGGGGACCUGAGUUUUCUGUGUGAGCCUGCCUAAUCAUACUUGAACUUGCAAGAAUACUAUAUAAAUAUUUAUUUGGGGCCAGAAAUGGCUGUCUACAUAUAAUCUGUGACCAACUGAAACAAACAAGACAUUUGCUUGUAGCAAGCAGAGUUUUAUAGUCACAGACAUCUCAUUAACUUUCAGAAACGUAAACUGGAUGCUGUAGCGAUCUUUCAGCAGGAUAACAAAAGAAAGGUGUGUAACCACACUAAAGAAGCCAAAAUGUCGUCAUACUACUGUAACUUAUUGUUUAAUGGGAUUAAUUUUGCAUUUUUGUUGAACUGUUUGUUUGAUAAAUGUUUUGGGAAUUACCUGAGUGUUUUAUACAAUUAUAAGCCCAGGUGCAGUUGUCAAUCAUGAGAUCAAGUAGUUAAGUUGGAAGCCCAUUUUAAAUGGCAUCAAGCUCCCUAAAUCCAUUAGUUUUCAGGGAAUAAUGACUUAGUCAAUCCUUUAAUUUUAUUUAUAUUUUCAUUUGUCCUGAUAGUCAAAAUUAUACUGUUAUGUCCCACUUCAGAUGAGCAGUCCUUGCAUACUAGUAAUUCGAGAUUUGUGUGCGUAGUAACAUAAACGUCAGAUGCACUGCUCCAGCCCUGCCAAUGUCUUCCGUGAUUCACAAUAGCAUGUCUUGUAUUUGGCAGCAUUAAUCUUAAAUGGCAUUUAGGUAAAUUCUAAAUGUGCAGUAAUCAAAUAUUUUUAACUUUAGCUAUGGGUCAAUUCUGCCCUGCGAUACUUGUCUUCAGUUCUCAGUGCAUUGACUUUAAAGGAACUCGUGUGUGGGUAUCUGAGGGACCAGUGACUAGAUCCUCCUGUAGGAUUAAAAAUGAAUGUAUUGCAGAUUGGUAUAACUUUGAUCCAAAGAACAAUCAUUAUUGUAAGGUCCUGAGCGCCACCCCCCACCCGUGUGUGUGUGUGUAGAUUUUACACGCAUUCAGAAACUGGUAAAUAGUUCACCAGUCACUUAAAUAGAGCCAUCACUGAAAGGAGGGAGACUUCCUUAGAAUUAGGGAAUGUAAUCCCAGCCUCCUUUGUGCAAGUACAAGAAAUCUGAGUGUAAAAUGGAAAAUGUGUAUACAGUAUAUAAAGGGGAAAAAUUUCCAUUUCACCAUUUUCCAACCAAAACUGCUUGAAAACAAAAGGAAUGAACAGUGUAGAAAUAUAACUGCUCUUUGUGCGUCUGACAAAUAACAGUAGUUCUAAGAUGUGUUCCUAGAUCUGUAAGUAAUGACACAAUCUGCAAGUGAUGAAAUACAUCUGAAAAUGGGUUAUCUAAACACUACAGAUAGAAGAAUUUUUGUAUUUAUCAUUACUUUGUUGUCUUUUGAAUUAUCCACUGCACAAAGGAUAAAACAGGAGCCUUGAUGCAUAGCUUGAAACUGUGCCUGGAAAGUAAACAGCUCCCUGUUCUGGGACUUGCCUUAAACUUGUCCAGUUUUUUUUUUUUGCUUUACCGUUAGCAUCAACAAGUUUAUCCCACGUCAAGCAGUAUGAGAUGCUCAAGGAUCUCCCAUUAGUAAGUUUACAUUCACAGACUGAAAAUACGCUUUCUUUUCUUAGUGACUUGUUUCUCCAUUUCUGUGCAACUCUAUGUGGAAUCUUAAUUCUUAAUCGUACUGAUUCUUCAUCACAUUUAUGUCCUAGUAUGUGUCAGUUUACUAAGGGAUCCAUUCAAUAUACCAUGGUCCAAUGAACAAAACUGUGCAAUACUUCGGAAGAUGUAUACAGUGCUUAGGGAGUAGGUAUGUAAUAUGGAGAAUUGCUAGAUGAACACAUCCACUAAAGCCACAGACGGAUGAACAAAAAUACAUGUAUCAUGUAAAUGAGGGGGAAGGUUGGAAGUUGGACAAGAAUCUUCGAAUAUUCAGUUCAACAUCCUGCAUAAAUAUUGGAGAAAAAUGUAUCUGGCUUUGUCAUGAGGCUUUUAGUAUGUAUAUUGUUUAAUAAAAUAUACUGAUGAAAAUCAGAAAAUAUCAUUUAAAGCAGUUGAAACCUGUGACUUUGUGCGUGUGUGUGUGAAAUCAAGUUGACUUGGCUUUUCAAACCCUUGUUACACUGUAACUUUUUAAUGUAAAAAUAAAGUAAUGAAUAAGUCUUAAAGUUAAUUAACUUCCACUCCCUAUCUCAUUAUCUUUACCUGUGCUUAUUUAGCCUGGAAGCUCUUUAGUGCAAGGACCAUGUCUCUCUGCCUUUUAGAUUUACAAAUACACUUACUAAAUUUCUCAGUGCAUGUGAGAAAUAUCAUAGGUUACAGAUUACAAAACCAGAAGGGACCUGCUGUGAUAAUCCAGACUGACCUCAACCAUGCACACUAAAUAUUGACCUGUGUCAUGUUUAAGGACACAAUCCAUUUUAAGGGCAUUCAAUAAAAUGGCCAUCUGGUAUUGUUCAGCUUCAUGACCACUCUGUGUUGGCAAUGAAAGGGAGAAGCUACUGUGCUGGAUGCUCUGGACUAAGUAGUAGUGGUUGGGUAACAGCCAUCUAUAAAACAGUGACUGUCCACGAAUAUAGAACGAACUCCCCCGCCCCACCUCCACAAAGUCAGAUGAUCCUCACUGAAUUCUUCCGUUCAGGAGAUUUCAUUUCCGUAAAACACUGCAUCUGUUUGUAUAGAUGGUGUUUAGUCUGGAAAAAAGACUGAGAAGGGACGUAACAGUUUUCAAGUACAUAAAAGGUUGUUACAAGGAGGAGGGAGAAAAAAUAUUGUUCUUAACUGCUGAGGUUAGGACGAGAAGCAAUGGGGUUAAAUUGCUGCAAGAGUGGUUUAGGUUGGACAUUAGGCAAAACUCCCUAAGUGUCAGAGUGGUUAAGCACUGGGGUAAAUUGUCUAGGGAGGUUGUGGAAUCCUCAUCAUUGGGGACUUUUAAGAGCA